AUGCCGCCUGUGAAUGGCUCCUGGGACUUUCCGCUCAGCAGGGCUGAGAAAACGAAGCUGCUGCUGGACUUGUACACCGUCGAGGUGCAGAGCUCCCACUUCGAGAUCGCAAAGCUGCGGCAGGAGUCGGAAAGCUCCCAGGAACACUACGUGAAAGCCCAAGGGCCCGCGCCCAAGCCGUCGAGCCCUGGGCUGCGGCAGUUGGAGGUCUCGCCCAUCCAGCAAUCCUCGGAAUCAGCGGGACAAGAGGCGGCACCGCGCCGCCGCGAUGCCCAGCCGCAUUGGUCCUGGGAGGUUGCGGCUCCCGGCAGUUCCUAG